CCCGGAUGAACACUGACCACCGCUGCUGAUGUUGGACUGAUAAAUCCGGUGCAGUGAGCUCUUCCUGAUCCCUGGACGACCCCUGAGGCCUGUACACACAAGUGGAUUGUUGGCAGUUGGGAUGUUAAUGAGGUUGGCCAUGGUUCAGACGUAAGGUUGCGGUGAGUGGCACUGCCAUGUUGCCAGGAGUCGGUGUAUUUGGCACGGGGAGCACAGCCCGGGUGCUGGUCCCAUUGUUGAAAGCUGAAGGCUUUGAAGUUCAUGCACUCUGGGGGCGAAGUGAAGAGGAAGCGGGCUGCUUGGCAAAGGAGCUCGGCAUCCCGUUUCAUACCAGCCGAUCUGAUGACGUCCUGCUGCACCAAGAUGUCGACCUUGUUUGCAUCUAUAUUCCACCCUCAAUGACGCGGCAGAUUGCUGUCAAAGCACUGGGUAUCGGGAAGAAUGUUGUUUGUGAGAAAGCUGCGACUGCUGUGGAUUCGUUCAAGAUGGUGACUGCAGCCAGGUAUUAUCCACAGCUGCUCAGCAUUAUGGGUAAUACCCUGCGCUUCCUGCCAGCUUUUGUCGCAAUGCGCCAGCUGCUGGUGGAGGGAUACGUGGGUGAAGUGCAGGUGUGUGACGUCCGUGUCUACGGCCCCAGCCUCCUGGACCAGUCGUACGGCUGGACGUGUGAGGAGCUGAUGGGAGGAGGCGGUCUGCACACCGUCGGCUCCACCAUCAUUGACCUUUUAAGUUACCUGACAGGGGCACGAGCCAGUCGCGUUCAUGGCUUACUGCGGACCUUUGUACAACAGAAUGGUUUGAUCCGAGGCAUUCGACGAGUCACAAGCGAUGAUUUCUGCUUCUUCCAAAUGUUGAUGGGCGGACCUGGGUCUUCCUCCAGUGGUGUGUGCUGCACUGUGACCCUGAACUUCAACAUGCCGGGGUCGUUUGUGCACGAAGUUAUGGUAGUUGGAUCCACUGGGAGACUGGUUGCCAGGGGGACGGACCUGUAUGGUCAGCGCAACUGUGGUAAAGGUGAGGAGCUGUUGCUAGGGGACAGUGGGUGGGCUGGACCAGAGGUGAAGGACAUGCCCCUGCCUCACCUGCGGGGGCUGAGCUCCAUGGUGAAGGCGCUGAGACAGUCGUUUCAGGCUCACGAGGAGCGCAGGUCAUGGGCGCGAGGACCAGUCGCCAUGGCACCAACGUUUGAGGAUGGCCUGUACGUGCAGACGGUGGUGGAGGCUGUGAAACGGUCCAGCUGCAGCGGAGAGUGGGAGUGUGUCGAGAUCAUGAGCCAAGAGCCCGAUCCAAACCACAACCUGUGUGAGGCUCUGCAGAGAAAUAAGAACUAAACAUAUUUAUAGUGCAGCUACGGCGCAUCUCAGACAAAACUGGGCUCCGAAUGUUUCCC